UCCAAGUUCUGAAACAUCCAUAGCACAGCUCUUCGUUCACCAUCAACGCAAUGGAAUACAAUAUUGUUAUUUUUCUGGCCCUGACUUGUAUCCUAUUUAUGGGCCAGAAUUGCUUGGCGGCUCCCUCGGCCGAUGAUUUGGCCAAAUUUGGUGAAAUGGAACGUUCCAUCAAGGAGCUGACCAGUUCGAUCCUGGCCAUGAGUGGAGCUACUCCCGGCUUUAGACCCGGUGCUAAUAAUGUUUGGCCUGAAGAACUUCAUGCUUAAUUUUUGGCCAAAAAUCAGUCAGCUCGGUCUACUAAAUCGUAUUUAGCAGUUCUGCAGUUUAAUAUUUUGCAAUACUUUUUUUUUUCUUUUGGGUAAUAAAAUAUUAGUCACAACU